AUGCGUUUCUCUUCGUUGACUGUCUUGUCCGCUGUGGCUGCUUUGGGCCAUGCCUUCCCAAGUGCUGUGCACACUCGUGAUGUUCCCUCCGAUGAACUGAACCAAUUCAAGUUCUGGGUACAGUAUGCUGCAGCAUCAUACUGUCAGAUUGAUUAUACUGCCCAAGUCGGCACCAAGGUCAGCUGUUCGACAGGAAACUGCCCUGAUGUUGAAGCAGCCGGUGCUACGAUUAUCUACGAUUUUUCCAAGUAUGUCAAUCCCACUUUCAAGCAAAGUAUCAAUGCUCAUAUACCUGCCUCUAGCUCCACCGCCACCGACACAGCAGGCUAUAUCGCAGUAGACGACACCAACAAGGCCGUGGUUCUCGCUUUCCGUGGCUCUUAUUCUGUCCGUAACUGGUUUGCCGACGCUUCAUUUCCCUAUAUCGACCCCGGUCUCUGCAGCGGAUGCUUCGCCGAACUGGGCUUCUGGAGUUCCUGGACGAACGUCCGUGAUGACAUCACCGCGCAGCUCGAAGAUACGCUAUCCCAGAACCAGGACUACGAAUUGGUGAUUGUGGGCCACAGUCUCGGUGCCGCCGUUGCAACUCUCGCCGCCGCCGAUCUCCGUACCAAGGGUCACGAGUCAGCCAAGUUGUACGCCUUUGCCUCGCCCCGUGUCGCCAACCCAGCUCUGGCGAAGUUUAUCACUGCGCAAAACAACAACUAUAGGUUCACUCACCAGAAUGACCCUAUUGCCAAGCUGCCUCUGAUUGCCAUGGGCUACGCCCAUGUCAGCCCGGAAUAUUGGAUUACAUCUGGUGAUAACACGCCUGUUGCCGCCUCUGACAUCAGUGUUGUUGAUGGUAUACUUAGCUUGGGUGGAAACGCUGGAACUGGUGUGCCAUUGAUCUCGGACUUCCAUGCCCACCACUGGUAUUUUGAGAAGACUGACGGUUGCUUGAAUACCGAUGUGCCAUUCAAGCGCUAA